AUGAAAGAUCAUGCGACUAGAAAUGCCGUCGUUUCACUCCCCAAGUGGCGCUAUUUCGCUCUCCUCCUCCGCCCUCCUUCUUUCACAUUCAGUUCACUUAGCCCGUCGCCACCGCCUCUCAGGAGUGGACAGGUGCAACGUAUCAAUUGCUUAAAAAAUUUGAAAGGAACAGCUAGAAGUAGUAAGAAAUCUAAAGCAUCCAAUAAUGUUCUCGAUGAUAAGGAUCUUUCACACAUUAUUUGGUGGCAGGAGAAGUUGCAGCGGUGCAGGAAACCUUCCACUGUUAAUCUGGUUAGAAGGCUUAUGUAUUCCAAUUUGCUCGGCUUGGAUGUUAGCUUAAAAAACGGGAGUUUGAAGGAAGGAAAUCUCAAUUGGGAAAUCUUGCAAUUCAAGUCGAAGUUUCCACGCGAGGUUUUGCUCUGCAGGGUGGGGGAUUUUUAUGAAGCCAUCGGAAUAGAUGCUUGUAUUCUUGUUGAGUAUGCUGGUUUAAAUCCUUUUGGUGGGCUUCGUACAGAUAGCGUUCCUAGAGCUGGCUGCCCUGUUGUGAAUCUUCGGCAAACCUUAGAUGAUUUGACACAUAAUGGAUAUUCAGUGUGCAUAGUAGAGGAAGUUCAGGGUCCAACACAAGCUCGUUCACGCAAAGGUCGUUUCAUUUCUGGGCAUGCACAUCCAGGGAGUCCAUACGUUUUUGGACUUGUUGGGGUUGAUCAUGAUCUUGACUUUCCAGAACCGAUGCCUGUGGUUGGUAUAUCUCGAUCAGCAAGGGGUUAUUGCAUGAUUUCAGUCUUAGAGACCAUGAAAACAUAUUCAUUAGAGGAUGGUCUGACUGAAGAGGCUUUGUUUACCAAGCUUCGUACUUGUCAAUUUGCUUGUGGUGUUGCCUACGUUUGCACUCCUGCUUUGUCUGAGCAACUUGUCGUUGGGGAGAGUAUGGUGAGGGUGGCUUGUUGUGGGGAGAAUGUAGUGGCAGACAUUUUGAGUGGUUUGAAGGAAAUCCUGUCACAGAGCUUCUGUUCAAGGGAGCUUUAUGGUCUUGAUGAUAAAGUUGCAUUCAGAAAUGUUUCUGUGUCUUCAGAAAAUAGGCCCCAUCCUUUACACCUUGGAACAGCCACACAAAUUGGUGCCAUACCAACGGAAGGAAUACCUUGUUUAUUGAAGGUGUUACUUCCAUCAAAUUGCACUGGUCUGCCUGAACUGUAUGUCAGAGAUCUACUUCUCAACCCUCCUGCUUACGAAAUUGCAUCAACAAUUCAAGCAACAUGCAAACUUAUAAGCAAUGUAGCAUGCUCAAUUCCGGAGUUCACUUGUGUUUCAUCUGCCAAGCUUGUGAAGCUACUUGAACAGAAGGAAGCCAAUCAUAUUGAGUUUUGUAGAAUAAAAAAUGUACUUGAUGAAAUAUUGUUCCUGUAUAGAAAUUCUGAGCUCAAUGAAAUACUGAAAUCAUUGAUGGAUCCUGCUUGGAUGGCUACUGGUUUGAAAAUCGACUUUGAGACUUUUGUUAAUGAAUGUGAAUGGGCUUUGGGGAGAAUUUCUGGAAUGAUUUCUCUAGAUGGUGAAAGGGAUCAAAAGAUAAGUUCUUGUCCUGAUGUACCAAGUGAUUUUUUUGAGGAUAUGGAGUCGUCAUGGAAAUUUCGAGUGAAGAGGGUUCACAUAGAAGAGGAAUUUUCAGAAGUGGAAAAGGCUGCACAUGCCUUGGCUUUAGCAGUCACUGAAGAUUUCAUCCCUAUCGUUUCAAGAAUAAAAGCAACCACAGCCCCCUUUGGUGGCGCAAAGGGUGAAAUAUUGUAUGCUCGAGAGCAUGAAGCUGUUUGGUUCAAGGGAAAACGCUUUGCACCAGUAAUAUGGGCUGGUACCCCUGGGGAAGAACAAAUUAAACAGCUUAAACCUGCUGUAGAUUCUAAAGGUAGAAAAGUUGGUGAGGAAUGGUUCACUACAACUAAGUUGGAAGAUGCUUUAAUGAGGUAUCAUGAUGCAAGUGAGAAAGCAAAAGCAAAGGUUUUGGAAUUGUUGAGGGGGCUUUCUGCCGAGUUACAAACUAAAGUCAAUAUCCUUGUGUUAGCAUCAAUGGUGCUUGUAAUCGCAAAGGCAUUAUUUGCCCAUGUGAGUGAAGGGAGACGGAGGAAAUGGGUUUUUCCCACUCUUGCUGGUUUCAAUGAUUCAAAGGAUGUGGAAUCCUUGAAUGGUGCUAAGAGGAUGGAAUUGAUUGGUCUGUCUCCAUAUUGGUUCGAUGCUGCAGAAGGCAGUGCUGUACAGAAUACAGUGGCUAUGCAGUCCUUGUUUCUUUUGACAGGACCAAAUGGAGGUGGUAAAUCUAGUUUGCUUCGAUCAAUCUGUGCAUCUGCCUUACUUGGAAUAUGUGGACUUAUGGUACCUGCAGAAUCUGCCUUGAUUCCUAACUUUGAUUCUAUAAUGCUUCACAUGAAAUCUUACGAUAGUCCUGCUGAUGGAAAAAGUUCAUUUCAGGUGGAAAUGUCAGAAAUCCGAUCCCUUGUAACUGGGGCCUCGUCAAGAAGCCUUGUGCUUGUAGAUGAAAUAUGCCGAGGGACAGAAACAGCAAAGGGUACUUGUAUUGCUGGAAGCAUUCUUGAAACUCUUGAUAGAAUUGGUUGUCUUGGCAUCGUUUCUACACAUUUGCAUGGCAUAUUCGAUUUGCCACUUGAUACCAACAACACUGUGUAUAAAGCAAUGGGAACAGAAUAUGUGGAUGGUCGAACAAAACCAACUUGGAGGUUGAUAGAUGGGAUAUGCAGAGAAAGUCUUGCUUUUGAAACAGCUAAGAAGGAAGGAAUCCCUGAAAGUAUAAUCCAACGAGCUGAAGACCUGUAUUUUUCAGCUUAUGCUAAAGGAGUUGUUUCAGGAAAGACAGGCAACAGUGUUGGACAAUUUUCUUCUGGUAGGAUUGUUAACGGUUCUGAUGAAGCCCCUUUGUUGGCUGGAACCACAGCACCUCUUCAUCAUAAUACCCAUUCGACAAAGGUAGUGGAUACUGUGGGGAAGAAAGAUAUUGAGAAUGCUAUUACCAUGAUAUGCCAGAAGAAGCUGAUUGAGCUCUACAAGCAGAAAAACACAUCAGAACUUGUAGCAGUACAAUGUGUUGCCAUUGGUGCUAGGGAACAGCCACCUCCAUCAACAGUCGGUGCUUCUUGUGUCUACGUGAUGUUGAUACCUGACAAGAAGCUAUAUAUUGGAGUGACAGAUGAUCUUGAAAGCCGAAUCCGUUCGCAUCGUUCGAAUGAAGGAUUGGACAAUGCUGCUUUUCUUUAUUUCACAGUCCCUGGAAAGAGUAUUGCUUGCCAACUGGAAACCCUUCUCAUCAACCAACUUCCUAUUAAAGGUUUCAAACUGACUAAUGUGGCCGAUGGUAAACAUCGGAAUUUUGGCACAACCAAUCUUUCUCUGGAAAGUGUGACUGUUCCUUAA